GACAAGUUUACGGCUGCAAUUUCGUUUCGUCCUCGCGUUUCGAACUUCAAAGCAAAGGAAUACGUGUUUACGAAUGAAAGAAUUUCACGAGCGUAUUACGCGAUGAACGACAUUAACGUGAAUUUUAUAGGCACAGAAGCACGCAAGGUUCGAGUAGGGCUGACCUCAUUUUUUGAAAGCUUACUUCUUGUACUUGAAACACUCAAAGAAUUUGGUCCGCCUGCGCCUGAGUAUACACACUAUUGACUGGACAUAUUCCACACAAUACGGCCUACAUAACUAUUGGCAGAAAUUUGUUAAAAUGCCUGAGCAUACCCCAGCACCUUAUACGCCCCGAUCAGUCUAUGGGUACGCUUUGUUUGUCGGUUCGAAUAUGUUAUUCCUAUUGUAUUUGGUGUGGGCUAUAGUCCCAGAUAAUUUGCUGCAAGAAAAAUUUGGCCUUACUUAUUGGCCAUUGAAAUACUGGGCUGUGGCCAUUCCAAUUUGGGCCUUGACGGCCACUGCGCUGUUCGCGUUUCUUAUUUAUCCAGCGAUCAAUCUGCUGAUGACACCAGAUAUAGACGACAUUAGGACAAUUAGAGACAAGUUCUCUCUGAAUACAGCGGAUAAAGUUCCUGGAGGUAUUCCACCUGUGUCUGACAUACCCAUAACUCAGAUUUGCAGGCAGCUGUACCUGAGACCUGAUGGAAAAAUGAAAAAUGCUUGACUAGUUUUAGUUGCAUGGUAUUGUUCAAUGCAAAGCUAGUUAUGACGUUACCAUGGAUUUGUAUUUUUAUAAUAUUAUUUUGUUUUUAAAAUACAAUAUUGUGCGUAUAAGUUUAAAACGGUUAUAGAAUUUCAUUUUUUUGUUCAUAACAACCUCUGGCCACGCUGAUUAUAAAUUUCUUUCUUAUAAAUAACAUUACUGCAGAUCAUUGCAUAACAAACUGUAUUGUCCCGCUAAACUAAAACAUCUUUCCCCUUUCUACAAAGUUACGUGGAAGU